CCCUGUCCAACACCGGCGGAAAGCCCUGCAGAAACUAACACAGCUCAGCUCCCUCGCAGCAGACUCACAGCGUGGAGCUUCGUUUAUGAGAAAACAAGUUACGACCGUUUUCUGACGGACACUGUUGUGAGCAUUAUGUGGAUAUGAUGGUGCCCAUCCAACCGUGAGAAUGUAUGAGGUGAUGUCCGGGGACACCCUGGCCUGGAAGGCGUCCAGUCCAAGACCUAGCAGCACAGACUCCACACCUGAUUCAACUGGGGAAGGAGGGCCCAUCAAGAUCCUCAAAGUGUGCUUCUGCACCAACAACUCCUUGGGCAAGAACUUCAAGCUGGUUAAAUGUGACAGCGCCUGGCAAAUUAGGGCCAUCAUUCGUUCGAUUCUGAACAGUGGUCGAUUGGGGCCAAAUAUCACACAUGCAGGAUGCUACAGUCUCCUGCUGAAGCACCUGAAGUCAGACGAAAUACACUGGCUGCAUCCAGAUAUGACCAUUGGGGAGGUGGAGCAACGCUACGAGAGCCAUCAUGUGGAAGCUGAGUGGAGGUAUGACCUCCGCAUCAGAUACGUUCCUGUCAACUUCUUGGAAAAAUUCAAAGAUGACAGAUCAACUUUAGUGUAUUUUUACCAACAGGUGCGUAGUGAUUACAUGCAGCAUCAUGCCUCUAAGGUCAGUGAAGGGAUGGCGCUGCAGCUCGGGUGUUUGGAAAUCAGGAGGUUCUACAAAGACAUGAAUGCUAAAGGUCUCGAGAAGAAGUCCAACUUUGAGCUGCUAGAAAAAGAAGUGGGCCUGGACCUCUUCUUUCCUCAAGAGCUUAUUAACAGCAUGAAGUCAAGGCAGCUACGGAAGUUGAUCCAGCAAACAUUUCAACAGUACGCAACACUCAAGGAGGAUGACUGCAUGAUCAAGUUCUUUGAGACCUUCAAAGAGUUCUCCAGUUACGAUGAAGAGGUUUUCCCAUGUGAACUUGUGCAAGGUUGGAGUCUAGCAGUGGAGCUGGUUGUCGGUGGGAGGGGGAUUCGCCAACGCACACAGAAGGAUUCAGCGCCUGUUUUUCUAGCCGACUUCAAACAGAUCAAGAAAAUAAAAUGCUUAUCUCGGAGCGACAGCAAGCCACUCAUAGACUUCAGCAUAGAGGGGGCCAGACAACGUCUAUCAAUCAAUGUGGCCACGAUGUCUUUGGCAGAGAACAUGAUGGACCUUAUUGAUGGCUACUGUCGCCUGGAAAAUGACACAGAGGAUAGUGUUAUCUACCGGCCAAAUAAAGAUGCCAGUACACGGAGCGCUCUACCUGAGCUUCCUACAAAUAGAAACAGCGGCUCGGUCAGACACAGUAUGGGGUCAGACAUCUAUUGUGAGAUUCUCGAUGAAAGGCCGACAUCAGUUGUCAAGUACGGGAUUGACCGGAGUGACAUUGUUCUCGGCCGAAUCCUUGGUGAGGGUUUUUUUGGGGAAGUCUAUGAUGGAGUCUACAAAAAAGAUAAUGGUGAGAGGAUCAAUGUGGCAGUGAAGACCUGCAAAGACUGUUCACCUGAUGUGAUGGAGAAGUUCAUGAGUGAAGCAGUGAUUAUGAAGAACCUUGAUCAUCAGCACAUUGUCAAACUGAUCGGAAUCAUCGAGGACGAUCCCGUGUGGAUCGUCAUGGAGCUUUAUCAGUAUGGAGAGCUCGGCAACUACCUAACUCAGAACCAGAACAAGCUGACGAACACAACUCUGGUGCUGUUCAGCCUGCAGAUCUGCAAAGCUCUUGUCUACCUCGAAGGAGUCAACAUGGUACACAGAGACAUUGCUGUGCGGAACGUGUUAGUCGCCAGUCCAGACUGUGUGAAGCUCGGAGACUUCGGUCUGUCGAGAUACAUCGAGGAUGAAGAAUACUACAAAGCGUCUGUUACCCGCUUGCCAAUCAAGUGGAUGGCCCCAGAGUCCAUCAACUUCAGACGUUUCACCUCGGCCAGUGAUGUCUGGAUGUUUGCUGUGUGUGUGUGGGAGAUAAUGAGUCGCGGACAGCAGCCGUUUUUCUGGCUUGAGAACAGAGACGUGAUCAACCAGCUGGAGCAGGGAAUCAGGCUGCCCAAACCAGACAACUGCCCUCCUGCCCUCUACUCACUCAUGACCCGCUGCUGGUCCUAUGAUCCCAGAGAGAGACCCAACUUCACUGAGCUGGUGGUCAAGAUCAGUGAUGUCCACCACAUGGAGAAGGAGCAGGAAGUGGAGAGAGAAAGGGACAGAGCACGCUCCACAAAAUUUUUCGACACCAAGUUUAACUUCAACGAGCCUCCACCCAAGCCUUCAAGAACAAAACCAGGGCGGUUCGGGAACACGCUCAGUAUUGGUCUACACAUUCAGCUGAACGAAGCUCUGUGUGCCAGCUCACCUGACCUGGCCAGCCCAUGUGACUACCAGUCCCCGGUCGACUCCAUGAACAAUCUCACGUUGCCAUCCUGGUCCCCCCGGCGUCGAAGCAUGGUGGAGGGCGAGAUCUUCCGCGUGGACCCAAACAGCAGGGAGGACGCCACGCGCCUGUGGCAGACGGACAGACGGCAGAUGCAGGCCACUCUCCGCCGGCAGAAAGAGCAGAUGAUGGAGGAUGAAAAGUGGCUGGAGAAGGAGGAGCAACGCUUGGACCCCAUGGGACCAGAGGACCCUACCAGCCCAGCGCCCCCUGAAGCUGACACAGAGAACGCACCCCCAGAGAAGCCCCCACGGCUCACAGCACAGCCUGCACCCACAGCUGAGCUGGACCGCUCUGAUGACAAAGUGUACCAGUACGUCAUGGACCUGGUCAAAGUCGUUGUCCAACUCAAGAAUGACAUCACAGAGUUGCCACCGGAAAAUUAUAUCACCCUUGUGAAGUCUGUUGGGAUGGCUUUACGAGACCUGAUUCGCAGUGUGGAUGACAUACUGCCCACCUUACACGAGUCUGUCAGGACUGAGAUCGAGGGCACCCAGAAGCUGCUGAACAACGACAUGGCGGAGCUCAUCAGCAAAAUGCGGCUGGCACAGCAGAACGCCAUCACCUCUCUGAAGGAGGAGUGUAAGAAACAGAUGCUGGCUGCCGCACACUCUCUGGCUGUGGACAGUAAGAACAUGUUGGACGCUGUGGAUCAAGCCAGAGUCAGGGCCAACUUAGCCAAGCCGGUGGAGCCCUAGUAGACUGUAAGUUCUCAUGUGCAGUGUCAGGUUUUUUAUGCAGAUUAUUCAGUAGUUUCCUGGACUACUGGAGUACAUGUAAAAACGUAUGUGUUUCCAGACGAAUGCCCUGUUCUGUUUUCUAAAAUAUAAAACUCAGAAAUUCUAAAAAUAAAUUGAUCGUAGUGUCUUUUAUGGCGUUUGGAUCAGGCAGCCAGCACAGCCAAAAUGUUCACCACUGUAUGAGAGAGCGCAGGCCAGAGUGAGCUUGAUGUCAUCGAAAGCAAGUCAAGAAGUGUGGCGUGCAACUGAACACACUCCCCUAUGCAGAGCUGCCUGUACGUCACAGCCUGCAAAUCAUUUCUGCCUGAAGUGCCUUAUAACCGAAUCAAAUCCCAGCAUCUGCAAACAAAUUUGUUUGAAAGAAACUGCGUCAGUCUUUGAACUGCAAAAACAUAGCAUCACAAAAUGCCAAACGUCGAGCUUUUCUGAACAUUUAUGAGUUAUGCAGUGAUCAGAAAAGUAAACCGACCUUCUUUGUCUUUCUUUUUUUUCAUAAGGAAACCUGUAUAACUGCGGUCACGUCAUUUCCAUGGGCACACUGAAUAAAUAAGGCUGUACAGAUGCUGUGAAAAUUAAAUUAUUCACCUUUUUUUCAACUCAUCCUUGCUAUUUGUGCUCAGAUGUCAAAUAGGGUCUGAAAAAGUCGACAAACGUCUGGAAAUUUGAGUCUGGAAAUGUGAAUAUCUGAAAUGGAACAUGUCUAUGAACUUUACAGUUUACACAUUAAGCAAAUGAUUCACAUCGGUCAGUCAGAAAUAACAUUUGCACACAGGUGAGCAUUUUUGUUGUGUCAAACUGCUUAAAUUAAGGCUGUGACCGUUCUUCAUCAUACCUGUAAAUGUGUCUUAAGUUUAAAUAAGAUGCUACAACUCAGUGGAUACACACAACUUGGAAUUAAGUGGUUGUGUGCUCAUUAAAGAUGUAUGUAUACUGAAAUUGAUGAUGAUCUAUUGGCAACACAUUUACGGUGUCAGACACUUUUCAUUCAGUGGAAACUGUUCUCAUUUGUGAUUGGAGAGUUAUUGACUUACUUCAGUAUUUGUCAACCUAGACCCUAUUUUCCUAUGUUUUUGUGUCUAAGUGAGUAAUGGAGACAACCAUUUUCUAAUCUGGUCCCAUAUUGAGAGAGAGUGCUGCAGCUGCCAGUUGCCAAACAGGCUGCAAGUAACCUUUUGGGGCAUGUUUGCACUGUCAAUUUAUGCCUCCUAAAAUGCUUGUAUUUGCCACUGACAGGCUCAGAUUAUUAUUCUGAAUGUCUGACAACAUUAUGGAAAAGAUCCCGAGAGUGAUAGCCAUUUUUGUUAAUGACUAAGAUCCUUUUUGUUUUAGAAACAGUCGCUAUUGCCAAAUCCACCAGACUCCAUUCAAAUAAACAGUAAUUUUAUCAUCGUAAAACACUUCAUUCAAAGUCACCGAAACAAAAUAAAACUAAAAAGAAACAGUCUUGGAUUGUCUCUUCAUGGCUAAAACAAUCACCAAUACUGGUUUGGUUGAAAUAAACCUUUAAUUUCCCCAGUAGGAUGUGAAAAAAUGCUGGCUCCACACAUGCUAAAAUUCCCAUUUAUUUAAAUAGAGUCUUGUUGCCUUGGUUUUAGCUGUAUUUGAUCAAACAAAAAGGAUCUUACUCUUUAACAAAAAGGUCUAUCUCUGUAGGGAUCCUUUCCAUAAUGUUAUCAGACACUUUCAAUAAUAAUCUGAGCCUGUUAUGGGACAAAAACAAGUACUUUUAGUGGAUUUAAAUUGUUGGUGCACAAUUGCCCUGACACACGUGACAUUGCAGCCUGUUUCGCAGCUGCCAGCUGCAGCGGUCUCUUUCAAUAUUGGCCCAAUUUAAAAAACUGUUGUUCCCAUUAGUCACUUAGACACAAAACAUUGGAAAACAGGUUGCAGAUGUUAAAAUAUUGAACUCACCCUUUAAUUAUCUGUUCAGAAACUGAAUCCUUGUAAAUAUAAAAUGUCGUUUUUACGCAGAAAAAAGUAAUGCAGACUAAAACACAAUUACAUGGUUUACUCCCUCAAACCUGUCAGCAGUGACCUGAGUGAAAUGUAAAGAUGCCCAAAUUGCCAUUCAACUGUUUGAAAGAGUUUUAUAGUAAACAUAUAUACAGUUCCUAUCUCAAGUUUGACUCUGAUGCAUUAUGUUAAAAAAAAUGAUGAGAUGAAGACGACAGUGGUUCGGCUAAUGGAUUGUCAGAUAUGUGUCAGGUACUCUUUCAAGAAAAAGGUUUUUGUAUCAUGUCCAUUAUCAUUAUUAUAAAAUAUCAAAUUCUAGUAUGUAAAUCAAGUGAUAUGCAAAUAAAUAUCAUGAUGUAUAUA